AAAAAUUCGAAUUUGAGAAAAAACCAAAACAUACAAAAUGUCGUCAGCAGCUGACUCAAAUUCUGAUGGACGUCGAAAUAGAGGAAUGCUUAAAUCAUAUUAUACACAAGGAGAGAACUCCGGUGACAAACAAUUUGACUUAGAUGAUUCUUCUUUCAAGCCAGAUCAGUACCUAGACUUUCUCCUAAAGAAAAGUAGUCUUAAUGAGCUUAUGCACCAAGAGGAAGAAAUUGUGCAAAAUAUUAGAAGUCUUGACUCUGAGAUGCAAACUUUAGUUUAUGAAAAUUACAACAAGUUUAUCACAGCAACAGAAACAAUUAGGAAAAUGAAGUCUGAUUUUGGGCAGAUGGAGGAAGAAAUGAAGGCCUUAUCAGAGAACAUGGACAAUAUAUGUGAUCUAAGUAGUUCUGUAAGUGAUACUUUACAACAGAAACGAUCAGGAAUAAGGAAAUUAGCUGGUGUUCAUACUUUACUUCAAAAACUUCAAUUUCUUUUUGAACUACCAGCAAGAUUGAAAAAGUGUAUUGAGAUGGAAGCUUACAAUCAAGCUGUUAGAUAUUACACAAGAGCAAGAGCUGUUCUCAAUCAGUAUCAACACAUGCCAACUUUUGCAGGAAUAUCUCAAGAUUGUGGUAGUAUAAUAUAUGAAUUAGGUAAUGCUUUAAAAGAGAAACUGAGAGAUUCUGAGGCCUCAAGUAAACAAUUGGCUGAAUAUGUCGAUUUGUUGUUACAAUUGGAAGAGCCAGCUGAUUCACUUUGCGAUGAAUACUUGAUAAGUGCCAGAAGCAGAGUAGAUGAGAAAGUUCAAGAAUUGGAAGAUGUUUUAGAAGAUAAUAGCGUCGACAUUCUUGAAUUUGUAGAUAUUGGAUGUAAUGGUGUUUUGAGUAACGUUAGCCUGUUGGUUGUUGCUUAUAAUGACAUGUUCUUGAACAGGGCAAAAGCUAAUACUGAAUUGGAUUCAAUAGCUUUACAAAAAGUUUCCGCUUUAGUUAAAGAAAUUCUUCAUAAAUUCUUCGAACUUAUUCAAAAGAGAGUUCAAUUAGAGAAGCAGACUGGAGAUAAUGCAAUUCUCGUUAGAGCUUUGGAUAGAUUUCAUAGGAGAUUACAAGCUAUGAAUAAACUUUUACCGACUGCGGAACUAGCAACUUUAGCAACAGAAAUCGUUUAUAACGCAGCUAAAGAUCGAAUAGAUCAUUAUUAUCAAGCAUUAACCGAUCAUUUGGGACAUUGUAUAACAGAUAUUCGUCAGGCACUCGCCGCACCGAAAUUAAUUUCGAGUAACCUAGACGAGAAUAGUUCAACGCCUCUUCAGAACCUCGUACAAACUAGCGUUUCAUCUUUGGUAGAACAGAUCAAAGCCGUUUUAGCAAAUUUGCAAGCUUUCAUUGCAACUGAUAUAACAUUUGCUAUGAAGUCAACGUUUAGACGACCGUUUUGUUUUGAUGGUGUUAGAGAAGGAUUGGUUGUAAGAUUUUUAAGAAGAAUGCUGGAAUAUCUUAAUGAAUUAUGUGAAAAACCUUCGGGACCCGCAACUCUCCUAUUGCUUCUCUCUAAAUUAGCCACUAUCUUAGAAGAAAGUACUAUUGGAUAUUUACUGGUAUUAGUGGAUGAACAGUUUUUAAUAGUUCAAGAAGGCGAUGUGCAGUUUACAAAUCCUCAAACGUUAAAAGACGAGGCAAAGGCUGCUGCUAAGAAGCUACUUAACAACUACGUUCGAUUAGAAGGCCAAACUCUAUCACAUAUGGUUAGGAAAAGUGUAGAAACUCGCGAUUGGUUAAAUACUAUUGAACCAAGGAAUGUUAGAGCUGUUAUGAAACGGGUUGUUGAAGAUACCAGUUCAAUAGAUAGUCAAGUUGGUCAAUUAUAUGACGAUAUGGAGGAACAGAAAAAAGAUAGAGGUAGUGACUCGACAAAACGCUCUGCUUCAGGCUUAAUGAAAAGCUCUAAAACCUGGAGUUUUACUCCUAGUACUACAGCGGCUGUUUUAGAUAACUCAGCAUUUAUGACAAACAUUAGCAAACUAUUUUCCGAUAAAAUAGAUAUAUUUAGCGAAGUGGAUGCCUCACGAGCUUCAAUCAUGACUGGAAUAAUAAAAAUUGUAUUAAAGACCUUGCUGGAAUGCGUUCGAUUACGAACUUUUAGUAAAUAUGGUCUACAGCAAGUUCAAGUUGAUACGCAUUACCUGCAAAUGUAUCUAUGGAGAUUCGUUCAAGAUGAAAAUUUAGUUCAUCGGCUAUUGGAUGAAAUCGUAUCCAGCAGCUUACACAGAUGUAUCGAGCCUAGUCUAAUGGAAAACAGUGUCAUAGAACUAAUCUGCGAGCGUGGUUGAAGUUGUUAUAAAUUAUUAUUUUUAUCAAGAAUUGAAAUCAAUUAUCAAUUCCACUCUUUUCAAUCUGUUUUUUCUUUUCAAUUUAACUUUUUCCUCAUUAAAAGACAGUCGUCCAAUUCUCAAAAUUUAUAUUCAUAUAUACAGUCAUGUUGUAUAUAUGGUCAAUUCUAAU